GGGUAAUCUAAUUUCCUUCCCCGUUUUAAGGCCAUUAAUUCAAAUUAGCUUCAAAUGAAUACCAAGUUAAUGUUAUUAAACAUAAUUUCUCAUUUAUAUCAUAUCUACUCUUACAGCUAUGGCAAAAUGAGCAAGAAGAAAAUAGUACCAGCUUCUACAACGCUAAUGGCUUGUUCGUACAGUGGACCGUGACUUGACGGUGACUGUGUCAGAAUAUCCCCCUUUUUUGUGUUAUGUGUCAGCAGCUACAAAUUUGAGAAAAUCUCCUAGAACUAACGAAUGAUGAAAACAGAUAUAGAACUGAUCACUUUGUGGUGUGGAAUGAUGACGAAUUUAUCCAAAAGUUUCGACUUACCAAACAAGCUGUUCGAUUUCUUAUAAACCAGGUCGAAGCACAAAUAAUGUCUCCAACAAAUUGGAAUCAUGCUGCAACUGUGGAACAAAUGGUUCUUGUUACUAAAAUAUUAUGCGACAGGAAACUUUCUUCAAACUGUUGGGGACUUUGUUGGCAUUGAUACAGGGACAGCAAGUCGAAUUGUUUGGAAGAUGACCUGAGCUAUUGCAGGACUUUAUCAUCAGUUUAUUAACAUGACUGAAACAGAUCUGAAUUAAAAAACAUUUCUCAAAAAUUUUAGAAUAUAUACUGACAUAUCAAUCCGAACACCCAGUUUAAAUGGUUUUAUUUUAAUAAAAGUUGGUGAAUGUAUUUAUCUCACUGUAAAUAACAAGUGAAAAAAUUUUCAGCCUUAUCAGUUGGACAUUCCGGUUUUUAUACUGGUUUUUUUUAAUUCACUAACGCUCUAAAAAUGAAUAUUUCAGCCGCAGUAAAGAAUCAACGUUGGCGGAUUUUGGUUCUUGACAUCCUUUACGAUCGGUUACGAUGCCUAGAGUACGGAGACCUGUACGAUUUCGUCAACUUAGUGAGUUUGAUAGGGGCCGUAUAGUGGGACUUCGGGAAGCUGGACUUUCUUUUCGGGCAAUUGCAGUUAGAGUCCAAAGAAGUGUAGACACUGUGGUUAGGUGUUGUCAGGCAUGGUUUCGAGAAGGCCGUACGCAAAGAGCAAGGGGCACUGGACGCCGCCGUAGAACAACAGACCGUGAAGAUCGCCGCCUAAGAUUAUUGGCCUUAAGGGACCGUUUCUCCACUACCAGGUCCAUUGCAAAUGAAUGGUUUGCAGAACACGGAAGACCUAUUGGCAUGCGAAGUGUUUACCGACGAAUGAGAAGUUUUGGCUUGUUUUCAUACCGGCCACACUGGGUCCUCCCUUUAACUCGAGAACACCGACGUAAUCGCCUUGAGUGGUGCAGACAACGGUCACCCUGGGAUCAGGAAUGGAUCAGUAUUGUCUUUAGUGACGAGUCUCGAUUUUGUUUAGGCAUGCACGAUGGUCGUGCCAGGGUUAGAAGGCGACGUGGUGAAAGGAGGAAUCCACAGUUUUUUGUUGAAAUGUUCAUCACACAUCACACUGUUCGAGUUAUGGUUUGGCGUGCUAUAGCUUAUGGUUCCAGGUCACCUUUAAUCUUCAUCAGAGGUAACAUGAACGCGCAGCGUUAUAUCCACGAAGUUCUAGAACCCCAUCUUUUACCCUAUCUUGACACCCUGGCAGAUCCAACUUUCCAACAAGAUAAUGCCCGACCACAUGUUGCAAGAGUCACAAUAGACGUCUUUCAACAUAAAGAUGUCACAUUGUUACCAUGGCCACCAAGAUCUCCCGACUUAUCCCCAAUUGAGCACGUGUGGGAUAUGAUGGGUAGGAGAUUGCUCAAUUUGCAACGUCCUCCUCAGACUCUAGAAGCACUUCGAGAGGAGUUGGUGGUUGCCUGGAAUGAGAUACCACAUGAGGACAUUGACCACCUGAUCAGAAGCAUGUCUAGGCGCGUUGGAGAAUGCGUAGCACAUCAGGGUGCAUCCAAACAUUAUUAAAGGUCAAAGGGCUUUAAAGCAGUGCAAUCAUUUUGAAAUUUUUAUCAUUUACUCAUUAUGCUUCAUUAAGUACUUAUACAAAAUUUUAUUGAAAUAAAACCAUUUAAACUGGGUGUUCGGAUUUAUAUGUCACUUAGUAUAGCACGAUUUCUCAAAUGUAUUGGAACUCUUUGUAAUUUUAUAACCAAAAUAAGGAUUGGACAUAAAAAUCAUAAAGUAAAAAGCUAUAUCAGAG